AUGGCUUCAACCUCGGAGACGACCCCGCUCAUUAGCAGCGACAGUGCUCAUAACGACGAACAGACCAACUCUCUUAUUCGGCGAUCAUGGCAUGCGAUGUCAGACUUGCUAUUUCCUUUCUCACCCUCUGCACUAGCCUCUCUUCCAAAGGCCACUUUUCGCAGACGGCCUCGGUAUACUCGCAACGACAAUGUUCCUGAGGCCAACCGUGAUGAUGACGGACAAAUGCCUACUGUUCGUGACUACCACGCCAUCAACAACUUCCCACCUCAAGUACGAGUGCCCAAGAAAAUAGCAACGCCCAUCAGAGUGGAAGGAAAGGUCUGGUUCGCGAAUGAGAGAAAGGGUGGCGUCGCAGCAUGGAUCUCCUACCUGAAUACGUCAGUCCUUGUUGGGACAUUGGCUCUAGCCCUCUUCAAUGCAUCCAAGGAUCAUGUUGCCAGAAAUUUUGCAUAUAUCUACGCUCUCAUAAGCGUCGGUGUCGUGGUGUACGGAUAUGUCAUUUACCAGCAGAGAAUCACGAUGAUACGAAAGCGUGACCCCGGCUCGUUUGACCAGAUAGUAGGACCUGUCGUCAUCAGUGCCUUCCUAUUCUUCGCCGUUCUCGCCAAUUUCGUAAUUCGGGUCCAAGAACUGCAAAGACAAAACAUACCUAUCCCUGGACUAGCGUUAUUCGCCCAUCGGGGUCUCGAGUAA